AUGGGAGAUCCCAACAUCAGCCAGCUGGCUGCGGUGUACGCUGAGACCCCUGGCCACGUGCUGGGAGGAAGUGAGCUGGACCCGUUUACGGAUAACUACGACACAGACUAUGGUAUUCCCGACAACGAGAUUCCCGACACUACGCAGGGCACGGCCUUCUUCGUUGCCACCAUCGUCAUCGCCAUGGUGCUCAUCUGCAUUAUGCUCGUCUGUGGUGUUGGCAACUUCCUGUUUAUCGCUACUUUGGCACGGUACAAGAAGCUACGUAACCUCACUAACCUGCUCAUAGCUAACCUGGCUAUAUCAGACUUCAUAGUGUCAGUGGUGUGCUGCCCGUUCCUGGUGGAUUACUAUGUGGUGAAGCAGUUGUCCUGGGACCAUGGCCUGGUGCUGUGUGCCUCCGUCAACUACAUCAGGACUGUGUCUCUCUACGUGUCCACUAACGCACUGCUGGCUAUCGCUGCAGACAGGUACAUGGCCAUCGUCCAUCCUCUGAGGCCUCGUAUGAAGUACCAGACGGCCUACUGUCUGAUCACUGGUGUCUGGGUCGUACCCAUCCUCAUCUCCAUCCCUUCUGCGUACUUUGCCUCCGAGACCAUGUACCCUCAUGGUGGUGCCAGCACCUCUCAGAACACCCACAAGACCUUUUGUGCCCAGAUCUGGCCUGUGGACCAGCAGGCCUACUACCGCUCCUACUUCCUGUUUAUAUUUGCCCUGGAGUUCCUUGGGCCCGUUUUUGUCAUGGCGAUAUGUUACGCACGGAUCUCCCGUGAGCUCUGGUUCAAGAGUGUCCCGGGCUUCCAGACGGAGCAGAUCCGGAAGAGGUUGCGUUGUCGGCGGAAGACAGUCAUGGUCCUGAUCGGCAUCCUGACAGCAUACAUUCUGUGCUGGGCACCAUAUUAUGGCUUCACCAUCCUACGCGACUUCCACCCGACGCUCAUCUCCCGCCAGAGGAACUCCCUGGUGGCCUUCUACAUUAUUGAGUGCAUUGCCAUGAGCAACAGCAUGAUGAACACCUUCUGCUUUGUCAGUGUCAAGAACAACACGGUCAAGUACCUGAAAAGGAUUGUGCUGCUGCGCUGGAGGUCCACCUAUGCUCCCAGUAAGACUGUGGACGAGACAGACAUCCGGACGUCCUCCAUGCCGGUGACCGAGGAGGUCGAAUGCAUUCACCUGAGAUGA